AUGUCUGCCAAAACAAGGCUCAUCUAUGAGAGCUUUGCCAGGUAUCUGGUGGAGCAUAAAGGCUAUGACAAGGACCUGCUGAACCUAACCCCCGCUACCUGGGAUUUCUGUUUUAAAGGGCUAGUGGUGGAUCUGGAAGAUGGAAACCUUGUGAAGCUGGCUGAAGAUGGAACUGUUCUGCGAGCGACACAUGGAACCAAUGACCUCAGCACAGAAGAGAUCAUCAAACAUUAUGGUCCAAAGAGGGAGUGGAAGCACUUCAACAGCCUCAAUACCUCCUUCACAAGAUCUGCAAAAUACUAUUUCUAUGACAACUACUUUGAUCUACCUGGGGCUCUCCUUUGUGGAAGAGUUGUGGACAUGCUGCAUAAGCGAGGAAAUGAGGUGAAUUCCGACUUUUGGAAAGACAUGGUUGCUGCCAUCGACCACAAUUACAACACAUCUGCAUUCAAAGAGGAUGCAGGGACGUACUUCCCCAGUGUGAAGAGGGAGCCGGGCCGGUACCUGCAGCCCUGCUCGGACUCCGUCAAGGCCUGGCUGCGCAGCAUGAAGAAACCACAGCAUGUGUCACCUCCCAAGGAGAGCAGUCAGAGCCCCAGCUGUGUAUCAGUGUGUGUGUUCAGAAUCAUGUUCAAGCCACUGCUUUACAAGAGAAAACCAUCCCUGGCCUUCAGCCGCUGCAGUGUGGUGAGCCGGCUGGAGGCCAGUGACAGUCAGCUGAGUAUAUUUGAGCCUAUAGAUGCGGCUGUGGCUCAGAGGCAGACGGGUCCGUCCCCAAUGAAGGUUGUUGUUCGAUCCCUGCUCCUUCAACUGUCGAAGCAUUGUCUUUCACACAGUGGCCAGGUGCCCAUCACAGAGGUUAAUGUUGUUUAUCUGGCCCUUUACAGGAAGGAUUUCGAAGAGCUAUUUGACGUCAUCAUCACAAACGCCCUGAAGCCUGGUUUCUUCUCAUUGGUGCCCCAGCAGAGGCCCUUCAGGACCCUUGUGAACGACGUGGAGGACAGCGAGGGCCUGCCGUCGCUGGACAAACCCGGCUGGUACUCCCAGGGCAACUGGCCUCACCUCCACGAGCUGCUCAAGACCAUGACGGGGAAACCAGACCCCAAGGUAGGCCAGCCGCCUCAGGCUGAAAGAGAUGCAGGCUUCACGAUAAAUCAGCUCAGGGAGAUUCACACUGGUGUGAUGGAGAGGAGGAACGUGGCCCCUGGCAUUGACUGUCGGCACGGCUGCUGUGUGCCAGCAUGCUGGGAGUUCACUGAUAAAACAGGCCAGACAGUGCAGCCAGCUCCACUCAUACUUGAGCAGGGCAUGAAGGCACCCUCUGCCGUGUCAAAGCAGUGGGGCUCCUACUUUGUGGACGUACACAGGAGUGGAGGAGGGGACGAGGAAAGCCAGAAACUGACUUGGUGCUGCCACUGCAUUCACAAAUAUAGCACCAUGGCUAUCCCUAGUGUGGAGCACAUAGCAGAUCUCCCUCUGGAUUAUAAGUUCCCCAGGUUUUCUCCCGACAAGCCCUGCACCACCGGCUACUACCCCAGGCCCCCGGAUUCUUUGCUGAAGAGGUGCGAGAGUUUGUCAUAAAAAAAAAAAAGGAAAAAGUUUGGGAAAAAAGUCCUCCCUUACCCCUCUGCCUCAGGAGAGGAAUGUGCCUCCAUUUUUGCCUGUAGUUUCCCACCUGACCCCGCCGCCAUCUGUGGAGCACAGGAAGCAUACACUCCUCACCCAUUCAGAGAAACCAUGUGAAUGUAAGCCACAGUAUCUCUCUGUAAUAACGCCUACAUUUGAACGUUGUUUCGUGGUUUAGUGUACUGUACACGUGGAAAUACGACAUAAUAAGUGUGCGUGUGUGUCUGCAUACAGUAAUAAUAGGAAAUGUAGUGUUUUUAUUGUUUCAUGUGUGAGGCCGCUGUUAUUUUUAAUGGUAAAUCCGAUUUCUUCUAACUUUUCCCAAAUAAAGUGAACAUUUUACCGUCUCUUUAUCCCUGAAGUGAUUACCUCAAGAACGUUAUCCGCUGUAAGCAGAACGCAGAUGGUCACAGUGUGUUUGUCCCCUAAAAACCCCUUUGGAAUCAUUGUGUCGGUAUUUCUGUAUAACACUGUUAUUGUGAAGUCUACUUCUUUUAAAUAUAGUUUAACUGUAUGCGUUUUAGUAACCUUAACAUGAGGUUUAAGGUCUAAUGUUUCCCUCGUGUCAGUUUCGUAGAGGGUGUUAAUCUUCAGGUCAUUGUUGCUAAAGAACUGGCACAAUGCUGUCCUUUUGUGUUGGCUGUUUCAAAAAACACAACUUUGGGAAACAAUAAUAA